AUGAAAAGCGAAGCGAGCCCCCCAGGGUACUAUUUCCGUCCGGGAACGGGGGGCGGCAAAAGCAAGUGGCACAUCUACCUGCCGCACGGGGGGUGGUGCUUCUCUCCUGACGAGUGCCUCCGUAGGAGCAGGACUGCGAGCGGCAGCAGCACCUUCUUUCCUGCCGAACCCACCAACGCGAACCUCUCUCCGGAUUUCAAAGGCAUUCUGAGCAGCAACAGCAGCAUCAACCCGCACUUCCACAACUGGAACCUCGUUCGUCUCAUCUACUGCGACGGUGGUGGAUACGCGGGCACAGCAGGGAGGCUGGACGUUGGUAACGGCACGGCGAUCUACCUGGAUGGGUGGAAGAUCGUACAAGCGGUCAUUCAAGAUCUGAAGUCGACACGCGGAAUCCGAUCUGCAGAUCAGAUCCUCUUGGUGGGAAGCUCCGCGGGCGGCCAGGCAGCCGUGGCUCUCUGCGAUCGCAUCGCUGGCGCUUUCCCCUGGGCGGCAACUAAAUGCGUUUCCGACUCGGGCUUCUUUAUCGAUUCCAAGGACCGAGAGGGGGGAAAUACAUGGCGUGCCAAAGCGCAACGUCUGAUUGACCUGCACAAGCCCAACUGGCCUGCUUGCAUGCAUGCCUUACCAGAGACUGAUCAUUGGAAGUGUUUCUUUCCGCAAUACAUACUGCGAGACGUUGCAACCCCGCUUUUCCUAUUCCGUGCGUUCUUUGACAUUAACGCGAACAUGCUCGGCGGGCUGUUACCUAAUAACCAAACAUACGCUAACGACUGCCUACACGAAGUGUCGUGGGCACCUAUGCGGAUGAUAAAGAGAAAGGAGUGGGGCAGGGUUGAGUGGAAGACGAAUCGGUGCACGGCGGGAGAGAGGCACGCGCUGUUUUCUGCAGCGUCGGUUCUCCAUGACGAGCUGGUUAGGGUUAUCCGAACCGGAAACACUGUCGCUGCGUUCGUGCGACCUGGAAUGUUACACGUGGCGCUGUGCUACAACUGGUGGACGAACGUAACGAUCCGUGGUGUCUCGGUAGAGUCGGCAAUAGUACAGUGGCUUGGAAACAAAAUGCCUAAAAGGUUUGUGCAUAUAUAA